AAACAAACUACACCAAAUAAUUCAGCUUGGCUAAUAGUGGUCUUGCAUCCUCACCAUAACUUUUUCUUCACCAUCCUACAUCCCCCACUGCACAGCUUUGUUUGUUCGAUCCCUUCACAUCACACAGGCAUCGCAAUCAUGGCCGGUGACAUAAGCCGUGUUGUCCAGCUCUUGGAUGCCACACUGAAGCCUGCUGAGCGUAAGAAAGCCGAGAGCCUUCUCAAGGCAGAGGAGAAGCAGCCCAAGUUUUCUCUGCUCCUCUUGCAAAUCGUACACAACGAGUCGCUGCCUGCACAGAAUCGCCUGUCGGCCGCCCUAUACUUCAAGAAUUUCAUCCGAUUCAACUAUGUGGAUGCACAAGGCAGCUACAAGCUGCCGCAAGAUGAGGUCAACACCAUCAAGCAGGAGUUGAUUGGACUCAUGAUUUCAUGUCCCCCCUCGAUCCAGACUCAGCUCGGGGAUGCUAUUAGCUUGAUUGCCGACUCGGAUUUCUGGGAGAGAUGGCAAACACUCGUUCAGGAUCUCGUCUCACGCUUGACCCCCGACAACGCCAAGGUUAACAACGGUGUAUUAGAGGUUGCACACUCCAUCUUUCAACGAUGGCGUCCUCUGUACCGCUCCGAUGAGCUCUUUACCGAAAUCAACCAUGUCUUGCAGACAUUUGCUGUGCCUUUCCUCAACCUGCUGAAUGCCACCGAUGGACAGAUCAAGGCCAACCAGAACAACAAGGAGGCACUGAAGGCCUAUUUCGAGACCAUGAGCUUACUUGUCAAGGUCUUCUAUGACCUGUCAUGCCAGGACUUACCACCACAAUUCGAGGAUAAUCUGGAGCGCAUCUCAACUUUGCUGCACGAGUAUCUCACUUACCAAAACGAGUUGCUUGUAGCGGAUGACGACGAUGAGGCUUCGGUGUUGGAGAACGUCAAGGCCGAUAUUUGCGAGGUGCUGCAGUUGUAUACAAGCAAGUACGACGACGAGUUUGGUCGCUUUACCCCGACAUUCAUCACCAGUGCCUGGAAUCUGUUGUCAUCGCUUGGCCCCCAGCAGAAGUACGACAACCUGGUCAGCAGGGCGCUGCAGUUCCUGACUGCUAUUGCCGGCCAGGAUCGACAUGCUCAGAACUUCAAUGAUGAGAACGUGUUGAAGCAAAUUGUUGAAGGAGUCGUGCUGCCAAACGUCGCGCUGCGUGAGUCUGACAUUGAACAGUUCGAAGAUGAACCUAUUGAGUUCAUCCGACGAGAUCUCGAAGGCUCGGACACGGAUUCCAGACGCCGUGCAGCCACAGAUUUCCUCAAAAAGCUCCAGGAAAAGUUCGAAGGGCUUGUGACUGGAGUCGCCGGAAAGUACAUCAACCACUACUUGGAGCAAGGCAAGUCAAACUGGAAGGAUAAGGACACUGCUGUAUCGUUAUUCUUCUCUGUCGCCGCCAAGGGUGCCGUGACUGCAGCACAGGGUGUCAAGACGGUCAACUCGCUCAUUGACGUCGUCGACUUCUUCCAGAAGCACAUUGCCUCGGACCUCGUCGAUGUUGGUUCUGAACCAAUUUCCAAGGUUGACGCAAUCAAGUUCCUAUACACAUUCCGCAGCCAGCUCACCAAGGAGCAAUGGCAAGCAGCAUUUCAACCACUCAUCCAAAACCUGGGCUCCGAUAACUACGUGGUCUAUACGUAUGCUGCUAUCGCUGUAGAGCGUGUUCUGUAUCUGACAGAUGAUGCUGGCAGCCAUGUAUUCACCCGGAACGACAUUGAGCCUUUCGCGAAGGACCUACUCGACCAUUUGUUCAAGCUCGUAGAGAAGGAAAGCGUUGCAGCAAAGAUGCAGGAGAACGAGUUCUUGAUGCGGUGCAUCAUGCGUGUGCUGAUCGUCAUGAAGGAUGGAGUAUUGCCCUUUGCCGACAUGGUUUUGGACCACCUGAUCAACAUAACUGCUGUCAUCAAGGAGAACCCCAGCAACCCUCGAUUCUAUUAUUACCACUUCGAAGCACUGGGUGCAUUGGUCAAAAAUGGUUCUCCGGGUGCUAGCGCACAAUUGCAGGAGCGGUUAUGGACACCUUUCCACGAAAUCCUCACUGAGGAGGUCAACGAGUUUAUUCCUUACGUCUUGCAACUUUUUGCAGCACUCUUGGAACCCAAUGCAUCAGGUGCUCUCCCUGCUCACUACAAGGCUCUAAUCGUACCCCUCGUCCUACCAACAAUAUGGGAAACGAGAGGCAACGUUCCCGGUGCUGCUCGUUUGCUGGCUGCCAUUGUUCCAAGAACGGCUGAUUCAAUCGUGGCUGAGAACCAACUUGAGCCGAUCUUGGGUAUCUUCCAGAAACUGCUCAGCGGCAAGAAGACUGAACAAAGUGCAUUUGAUAUUCUCGACGCAAUUGUAGUAGCGUUUCCCAAGGCUAUCAUUGAGAAGUAUUUCGUCACCAUCCUGCAGCUCCUGUACACCAAGCUUCAGAGCAAUCCCUCAGACUCGUUCAAGCGAAGCUUUGUCUGCUUCUACCAUCUGAUCUCUGCCAGGACAGAUGCUGGACUAGGAGCCGAUUUCUUCAUUGCCAAGACCAACGCCAUUCAAGAGGGCAUCUUCGUGCCUAUCUAUCUGCAACAAAUUCUACCUACUUCACAGACUUUGGCUCGCCCCGUUGACCGAAAACUUGCCGUCGUGUCCUUCGCCAAAACACUUGCAAAGAGCCAGGCAUUUGCACAGCGUUACCAGAAAGGUUGGCGCUUCACUUGCGAGGCCAUGCUGACCUUGCUGGCGAAUGCGCCGAAGGUGGCGACCGGAGGCAAUGGUGAGGUGGUGAAUGAGGCAGAUGUCGAUGAUAUAGGGUUUGGUAUGGGUUUUACGCCGUUAAACACAUGCAAGCAACCACCGCGGGACGAGCUCCCCCAAGUUCAGGACAUUUCUCAAUGGGUAAAGCAGUACCUCACGCAGGAGAAUGCCGCGUCCAACAACGCCAUCGCUGGUUACGUCCAGGAGCGUCUUACAGACGAAGGCAAACAGGCUUUGGCCGUGUACAUCAGCUAGGGGCAAUAGUUGUAUGAUUUUGAGGAUGAUUGCAUUUUCUGGAUGGAAGCGAGAUACCAUGUCACUACACAUCAUGUAGAUAGGGACCAAAAGGAGUACUUGAGAGGCUAUUUCACGAAUAAAUCACGAUCCACCAUGAAGUAUUGUUCGCCUGAUAUGCCUAUAACUAGCUGGUCAAGAAGUUUUUUC